AUGUCAUUCAAUUAUCCUCUGAAUUUUGCAAAUACAGUUACUACAAAGAAAUAUCUAUAUCUUACUAAUAUGAGCGAUUCAAGUUUAAUACCAAGUUGUCCAAACACCCCAAAUAAUUUAGAAGAUCAAGCAAUGCUUAUGAUGAAGGCACCUAGGAAGUCACACAGUUUCCCAGAAAUAAUGAAUCAACCUGCUGUUGAGAUUGACGCUAUAGCUGGUGGAACAAACUCAGCUAUGGUAUCAUCACAGCCGUCGCUAUCACAACCAUUAUCACCACCCUUGUCGCCAUAUCAGACUAAUGCCGAGUUGAAUACUGCGAAAUUGGUGGCUCAGCCUUUGAUAGAAUUACCACAACAACCACUGCCUACAACAGCAGCAGCUGUAUCAGCAUCAUCAGCAUCAUCAACAACUCUCACUGUUACACCUCCUCCUGCACUAUUGGAAAAUUUAGAAAAUUUAACGCCAACUUCCACACCUACACCUACACCUACCUUUACAUCACUUCUUAAUACAAAAAAAGAAUACGUUUUGGAAAAUUACAAAGACUACAAAUUAACCAUCAACGUUAAACCUAACAAAAACUAUUAUCAGAGUCAUUUCGAGUUUUUGGAUAAAUAUUAUACGAGUGGUAGUAUGGCUGAUAAGAGCUAUACCUCCAUCCCACUCCCAGUACGUAGGUACAAGAAACGGACUUUGGCAACACCAUUGGCGUACGAAUCAACUGGUGACAUACCCGAGGAACCUCUUGAGAAAAAUACCAUCAAGAGAAAAAGAAUUACCAAAACAAGAGAAAUAUUUGAUAACAGUGAUACCGAUUUUACUACAACAACAUCACCACCACCAAAGAAGAGAAAAAGAAGAGUCACCAACACUAAUGGUGCAACCUCCUUCUCCUCGCCAUCUAUCCCUAUUGCAAUUCAACAACAAAUGUUAAUUGACGAGUCAAUACCUGACUAUUCGCCAAAUGCAAAAGAGACAUUACCACCAGACAAUCACAAAUGUCUUAAAAUUGAAUGGAAGGGACAACCGAUGGAUUUAUCUAAUGAUCCAAACUUAUCGAAAUAUACCAACCUUCACCCAGCAGAAAUUCAAUUGGCAAGUAUUUUAAGAUUACCACUUGCAGUAUACAUGGAUUCUAAAAGAAGAUUAUUUUUUGAAAAAGUAUCUAAGGUGAAGUUGGGAAAGCAAUUUAGACGAACCGAUGCACAAAAGGCGUGUAGGAUUGAUGUUAACAAAGCACUGAGGCUUUUUGCUGCGUUUGAGAAAGUAGGAUGGUUGAAUGAUGAUUUGUUUAAGAAGUACCUUUGA